AUGGCCAGCGGAAGGACCACCCGCCUCCGUGCUACAACAGGUCUCUGGUGGCACAACGCAAAAGUGGAAGGCCAACCCAAACUGCAUCCGAAGGGAGACCUCCAGGCGCGAAGGAAACCACCGCCUCCGGUAGCACAACAGUCCUUCUGGUGGCCAACAACGGCCAAGUGGAGCACACCGCUCCGAAGGGAAGACCUCAAGCCAGCGAAGGACCCCGCCUUCCGCGGUGGCACAACAGGGGUCUCUGUGGCACAACGUCAAGUGGGAGCCACAACCGCAUCCGAAGGGGAGACCUCAGUAAGCGGGGAAGGAACCCCGCUCCGGUGGCAGCCAACAGUCCUCCUGGUGGCACAACGGCAAGUGAAGCCACAACCCUCCGAAAGGGAGACCUCAGGCGCGAAGGAAACCGCCUUCCGGUGGCACAACAGUCUCUGGUGGCAACAACAGCAAGUGGGGCCGCAAACCGCAAUCCGAAGGGGAGGACCUCCGGCAGCGAAGGAAACCACCGGCCCUCCGGUGGCACAACAGUCCUCUGGUGGCCCAACGGCAAGUGGGGCACAACCGCAGGAUGCCGAAGGGGAGACCUCAGGCAGUGCGAAGGAACCACCGCCUCCGUUUGGCCACAUUCUGGUGGCACAACCGUCAAGUGAGCCACAACCGCAUCCGAAGGGAGACCUCAGGCAGCGAAGGAACCACCGUCCUCCGGUUGGCACAAAGUCUCUGGUGGCAACAACGGCACUGGUAGCCACAACCCGCAUCCGAAGGGUGAGACCUCAUCGGCGAGCGGAAGGAACCACCCGCCUCCGGUGGCACAACAGUCUCUGGUGGCACAACUGGCAAGUGGUAGGCCACAACCGCAUACCGCAAGGGGGAGACCUCAGGCAGCGAAGGAAACCUACCCCGCCUCCGGUUGGGGCGACAAACGGAGUCCUCUGGUGGCCACAACGGCCAAGUGGAAUCCACAACCCUCGCAUCCGAAAGGGAGACCUCACAGGCAGCGAAGGAACCACCCGCCGUCCGUUGGCACAACAGUCCUCUGGUGGCACAAACUCAAGUGGGGAGCCACAACCGCAUCCUAAAGGGGUGAGGACCUCAGGCAGCGAAGGAACCACCGCCUCCGGUGGCACGCAAGUCUCUGGUGGCACAACGGCCAAGUUGGGAGCCAAACCAACCGCAUCCGAAGGGGAGACCCUCAGGCAGCGAAGGAACCCUCCCGCCUCCGGGAUGGCACAACAGUCUCUUGGUUGGCACAACGGCAAGUGGAGGCCACAACCGCAUCCGAAGGGGAGACCUCAGGCAGCGAAUGGAACCACCGCCUCCGUUGCACAACCAUCUCUGGGCCACAACGCAAGUGGAGCCACAACCUGCAUCCAAGGGAGACCUCAGGCAAGCGAAGGAACCCACCUACGCCUUCCGGUGGUGCACAACAGUUCUCUGGUGGUACAACGGCAAGUGGAGCCCACCAACCGCAUCCGAAUGGGAGACCUCAGGCCAGCGAAGGACACCGCUCCGUGUGGCACACAGUCCCUCUGGUGGCACAACGGCAAGUGGAGCCACAACCGCAUCCGAAGGGGAGACCUUCAGGCAGCGAAGGAACCACCGCCUCCGGUGGCACAACAGUCUCUGGUGGCACAACGCAAGUGGAGCCACAACCUGCAUCGCGAAGGGGAACCUCAGGGCAAGCGAAGGAACUCACCGCCUCCGGUGGCACAACAGUCUCUGGUGGCGCACAACGCCGCAUCCGAGGGGAGACCUCAAGGCAGCGAAGGAACCACAGCCUCCGGAAUGGCACAAGGCAAACAGUCUCUGGUGGCAUCAACGCAAGUGGAGCCACAACCGCAUCCGAAGGGAGGAACCUCCAGGGCCAGCGAAGGAACCACCGCCUCCGUUGGCCAACGUCUCCUGGUGGCACAACGGCAGUGGAGCCACAACCGCAAGCCCGAAGGGGAGGAACUCAGGCAGGCGAAGGAACCACCGCCUCCGAUGGCACAACAGUCCUCUGGUGCACAAAACGGCAAGUGGGCCACAACCGCAUCCUAA